GCAACUUCUAAAUAUGAGCUUAUCAGGAAAUUUGUCCCCUGCGCUUGGUCGUUUAUCUUACCUGAAAGUUUUGGACUUCAUGUGGAAUGAGAUCAAUGGGGAAAUACCAAGAGAGAUAGGCAAUCUUACGUCCUUAGAACUGUUGCUUCUGAACGGGAACCAGUUGUCAGGUUCAUUGCCUGAAGAGCUUGGGAAUCUUCUACGUUUAGACAGAAUACAGAUUGACCAGAACCAUAUAUCAGGACCCAUACCUAAGUCAUUUGCAAACUUAAAAGCAGCAAAGCAUUUUCACAUGAAUAACAACUCUAUCAGUGGUGCAAUCCCAUCUGAGCUAUCUAGAUUGCCCAAUCUUGUCCACAUCCUUCUUGACAAUAACAACUUAUCGGGGAAGCUUCCGCCUGAGUUGUUUCAAUUGCCCAACUUAGAAAUACUGUAUGCAUUUAUCUCCUGCUACCUUAAAUGCUUCAAACUACUAGCUUUCUCACUCUGGAACUGUACCUUGCAAGGACCAAUUCCUGAUCUGAGCAGAAUAAAUAACCUCGGUUAUCUAGAUCUAAGUUCCAAUCAACUUAGUGGAUUCCUACCUCAAAAUAAACUCUCUGUGAAUAUCACAACCAUCAUCUUAUCCAACAACCAUCUUUCUGGCACCAUACCAUCCAGUUUUUCGAAUCUGCCGCAUCUUCAGAAAUUGUCAAUUGCAAAUAAUUCAUUGAACGGCUCUGUUCCAUCUACCAUAUGGCAAAGCAGGAUGCUCAAUUCUCUGGACAGCCUUACAGUAGAGCUGCAGAACAACAAUUUUUCAAAUAUUUUGGGAAGCAUUGAUCUCCCUCUGAAUGUCUCUGUCUGGCUUCAUGGAAAUCCUGUUUGUUCUAAUAAUAGCCUGCUGGACUUUUGUGGAUCUGAGAGUGGGGAUAUAAUUGACAUUCCAACAAAUAACACUCUUGGCUGUUCUGGCCCAAUAUGCCCACCUUCUUACGAAUGUUACUCAGCAAAAUGUCCCUCAUCUUGUUUCUGUUCUGCACCUCUUAUAAUUGGAUAUCGUUUGAAAAGUCCUGGAUUCUCACGUUUUAGUCCAUAUCAACAUAUGUUUGAGGAGUACCUGACCAGUGGUCUUAAGUUACAUCUUGAACAAUUGGACAUUGGUUCUCCUGUGUGGGAAAAAGGACCUCGAUUAAGAAUGAGCCUGAAGCUUUUCCCUCUCUAUAUUGCUGAUAGCAAUAGUUCUCACAUGUUCAAUGACAGCGAGGUUUUACGAAUUGUUUCCAAGUUUACAAAUUGGAAAAUUCAAGAAAGCGAUAUAUUUGGACCGUAUGAACUUCUCAGCUUGACAAUAUCUGACGUUUAUAAAAAGGUAUUUCUCACACCAUCAUCUGAUUCUACUUUGAGUAAGGGGGCAUUGGCUGGAAUAAUUUUAGGAGCAAUUGCUGGCGGAGCAAUGCUAUCUGCAAUUGUUUUCAUUUUUAUUAUAAGAUCACGCGUGAGGGGCCACCACAUCUUAAGAAAGCGUCAUCUGUCAAAAGCCUCCUUAAAGAUUGAGGGCGUAAAGGAAUUUGGUUACCGUGAAAUGGCCAUAGCUACAAGCAAUUUUCAUGAUUCUACGGUAGUUGGUCAAGGAGGUUACGGAAAGGUUUACAGAGGCAUUCUAUCAGAUAACACAGCUGUUGCAAUCAAACGUGCACAGGAAGGCUCACUACAGGGUGAAAAAGAGUUCCUUACUGAAAUACAGUUAUUGUCAAGGUUACACCACCGAAAUCUUGUGGCUUUGAUUGGAUAUUGCGAUGAAGAAGGGGAGCAGAUGUUGGCUUAUGAGUUUAUGUCCAAUGGCACGCUGAGGGAUCACCUUUCUGUAAAUUCUGCAGAACCUUUGAGCUUUGCCACAAGAUUAAAAGCUGCCCUGGGAGCAGCUAAGGGAAUUCUGUACCUGCAUACAGAAGCUGAUCCUCCAAUAUUCCACCGAGAUAUCAAGUCCAGCAACAUAUUGUUAGACUCUAAGUAUACAGCAAAGGUUGCUGAUUUUGGACUUUCACGGCUUGCACCUCCACCAGACGCAGAGGGCAACGUGCCUGCUCAUGUAUCGACAGUAGUAAAAGGGACACCGGGUUAUCUUGAUCCAGAGUACUUCUUGACUCAUAAAUUGACCGAUAAGAGCGAUGUAUAUAGUCUUGGUGUUGUAUUUUUGGAGCUUUUGACUGGGAGGCACCCAAUCUCACAUGGCAAGAACAUUGUUAGGGAGGUUAAAGUUGCAUAUGAGUCGGGAAAAUUUUUCUCAAUAAUUGAUGGUCGACUGGGAUCUUAUCCCGCUGAAUGCGUGGAAAGAUUUGUGACAUUGGCUUUGAAGUGUUGCCAAGACGAUACAGAUGCACGUCCUUCAAUGGCAGAGGUCGUUCGUACACUUGAAAGUAUUUGGCUUAUGUUGCCGGAGUCUGAUGUGAAAAUUGCAGAGCCUUUAAUCUCCGAUGUCAUAAAAGUGAGCAGUACCCCAUCUUCAUCAACCAACAUGAAUAACUAUUACAUGUCAGAGGUCUCUGGUAGUGACCUUGUAAGUGGAAUAACUCCCACUAUCACGCCCAGAUAGGAAACAUUAUUGCAUGAUCGAGACAAUGAUAUAACUUUAGGAGACUUGUUUCAUACUAUUUUAAUAUCGUUGAUAUGCUGUGUAUGCCAUUUGUAUAGCUCGAUUAAACACAUUAACAAGUUGAUCUCAGUUUGUAUAUAGUUUUAGAAUAUAUUACAUCAAAUUAUAUCUUCCCGUGUUGGAAAAUCAUGAA